AUGCCAAUAUCACAGGUGUUGAACCAUGCCGUCCGUCUGUUGUUGGCAGCAUUCCUCCACCAUGGCCUGUCGCUAGGUGCGGCGCUCAACCCGGGCUUCGUCUACCAGAAUAGCAUCUCUCCCGACUUUAUUGGGGGAGUGGCCAGUGAGGCCAUCGAGUGUAGCACCAUUGGGAGAGAUCUCCUUGCCAGAGGGGGAAAUGCUGUUGACGCGCUCGUUGGUACAACAUUCUGUGUUGGCGUGAUUGGCAUGUACCACUCCGGCAUUGGCGGCGGAGGCUUUGUGCUUGUUCGAGAUGCCAAGGGCAACUACGAGGCCAUCGACUUCAGAGAGUCCGCCCCGGCUGCAGCCUUCCAGGACAUGUACCAGGGUAACAUCGCGGGAAGCGUCUACGGGGGUCUCUCGGCCGGCGUGCCAAGCGAGGUCCGAGGUCUCGAGUAUACCCACAAGAAAUACGGCAGCUUGCCAUGGGAUGUCGUCAUAGAGGGUGCUAUUCGAGUGGCAAGAGAUGGCUUCAAAGUGUCGGAGGAUUUCGUCAGGUAUUGUAAUAGAGCUACCAGCGACGGUCCCGGAUUUCUUGUCGAUGACCCUGUAUGGGCUGAAGACUUCGCUCCGAAUGGAAAGCUUUUGGAAGUUGGUGAAACCAUGACCCGGAAGCGCUACGCGAAGACCUUAGAAACGAUUGCCAGGCAUGGCGCAGAUGCGUUCUAUACCGGAAAGAUUGCCGAGUCCAUGAUCGCCAUCAUCCAGGAAACAAACGGUACCAUGACUCUCGACGACCUAAGAGACUACCAGGUCAUCUCCAGGGACGUUGCCAAGGUUUCCUACAGAGGCGUGGAUCUCCACGGCAUCAGCGCACCGGCUGGUGGCGCCGUGUGUCUCAGCAUUCUGAAGACUAUGGAGCAAUAUGACCUGGAAGACUGGCAAGAUGUCAACCUGACCACCCACCGCCUCGUCGAGUCUAUGCGCUUCGCAUACAGUGCUCGGCUUCAGCUAGGCGACCCGAGCUUUGUCGACCAUAUGAAUAGCUUUCAGUCCCAGAUGAUCAGCGACAAGAACGCCAGGGACAUCCGCAACCGCAUUUUAGACAACCAAACAUUGCCGGUCACGGAAUACGACCCUCUCAAGAUCUACACCACAGACAGCCAUGGGACUUCUCACAUCUCCACCGCGGACCAUUCUGGGAUGGCAACAUCCCUCACCACUACUGUCAACCUUCUUUUCGGUGCUCAGAUCAUGGAUCCAAAGACUGGCGUCAUCAUUAACAAUGAGAUGAACGACUUCUCAAUCCCCGGCGUCCGCAACGAGUUCGGCUUCGAGCCCUCGGAAGCCAACUUCGUCCGCCCCAACAAGCGGCCCCUCUCCUCCAUCACCCCCGUCAUCGCUGCGCUCCCGGACGGCACCCUGCUGGCGACGGUCGGCGCCGCGGGCGGCUCCCGCAUCAUCUCGUCCACCGCGCUGGCCCUCUGGCACACCCUCGAGCACGGCAUGUCGCUCACGGACGCCAUCGGCGAGCCCAGGCUGCACGACCAGCUCAUGCCAAACCAUGUCCUGGUUGAGUAUGCGUUCGACAACUCGACUGUCGACGGUCUGGUAGAGAGAGGACACAACAUCAGAUACGUGGCUCCCGGUCUCAGUGCCGUCCAGGGCGUGUGGCGCCACGGCGACGGAGUCUUCGAGGCGGCGAGUGAGCCCAGGCAGAAGAACAGCGGAGGUGUUACUGCAUAG